AUGCCAGCAUUCAUAGUAACCUAUGCCUUGAUGCAGGCAGCCGGGAGUGCUGCCAGUGCUGCAAUCAACGCAUACCUGAAGACCCCUGCGCAACCAUCAUUCAGAGCUCACAACGGCCAAGAGACAUUAUACGACGAGGAUAACUGGGCUCGUGUGCUCGAUAUCCAAGAGAUAUUGCAUUUGGUUCAGCCGUUCAUCAGUGCUGUUCAGAAUCUCGAUAUCUCCGAAAUCAAACAAGCAGCACACGUUGGACGUCGAGACAACCAACCUUUCAAGUUGGACGAAGACGCACCACCUCCGUAUGAAGACCCCGAAGCAUAUCUGAGCACACAAUCAUACCGUAUCAUCCGUACGACGCAGCGACUUGUCGAGACUCUUCAGUGUGCAGCUGGGGGGCCGUCUGGUAGCUCACCAUUAGCAUGGAACCUAAAUGUGCAAGCCUCGAUUGAAUCAGGUCUGGAAGUUCUCGCCUUGUACUGCACGACGACACAAUACAUGGCCACUUCCACGCCCGGCUCGCUCCUGAGAUUAGUUCAUGCCGCCAUGAGGCUAGACGAUGCGCACCAACUGAUGGUCGCGGAACAGCGUUUCCAGCCUGUGCGGUUAUGUCUCAGUGGAGCGCCCGUUGGAUCAGCUACCUAUCACCUCCGCCUACCGGCCGAUCGAGGUUCUCUCGAAAUCCCGGGAGCGCCUGCAGAGAAAACGGUCGGAGCCAAGGCAAUCAAGGGCAUCGGAUGGACAGCUGGAACGGCAGUAGUUGCUGUUUCCGGCCCUAUUGGUUGGGCUGCCGGCGGAGCGUAUCGAACGUGGCGCCACUAUGAUAAGAAAAAGACACUCAACAACGCUGUCCGUCCGCGCAUAUCCCAAGCUGGAUGUCGUGGUAGCGUCCUUUCCUUCGUUUCUUUGCCGGGUCAAGGGGGCCUUUCUAUGAGCGAGAAACAGAGUGGGAAGGUGGAUCUUGUGCACUUCGGUAUGGUAGUCAAUGUUGUAGUACCUACAACGGGUUGUGCAUCAGGCCAGUUGGGCUUGAGCGCGUCGCAAGGCAAAGGUUCUGAGCUUGCAAAGAUGAACGGAAUAGACGGGUACUGA